CAUGGACAGCGACGACUCAUUCUUCAACCCUCGCGCCCCCGCGCCCCCCGCCACCCUCUACCUUCCCACGCCCGACGACGACUCGGACAUGUCCGCCGACAUGACCCUCUUCGGCGACGGCGCGCGUGCCGUGGAAGCCUACAGGCAACAAGUGCGCGCGACGGCGCGGCACGACGCGCGCGAGCACGAGCACGAGCACGAGCACGAGGCGCACGAGCACGAACAUGACGUGCAGUACGAGACAUAUGAAGCACAGUACGAGACACACGAGUCGCAGUACGAACAAUACGAGGACGAGGCGUACGAGCAGGACAUGGACAGCUCGCCGCAGGACAGCAGCCGCGAAUACAGCCCGGACAUGAACCCCGCGGGCUUUGCGGAGCGCCUCGACGAGCUGGCAGGCAUCCUAGAGGUCGGGGAGGAGGAGGCGCGCGCGGUGCGCUGGGGUCCGGACUUGAGCGGAGAGGAUGUCCCCUUGAGCAUCGACGAGUUCCGCGAGGUGCUGCACCAUCACCUUGCGGCGACGGAGUGGCGGUAUGAGAUGGUGGAGAAGGUGCAUCCCAUUCCCGUGCUGGGUGCGUCCUGGGCCGGGCGGAGGAUCGUGCAGAAUGACGAGGAGAUGUUUCGUGUGCCGGCGUGACGCACUGCCCGCAGUCUUCACCAUACAGUCAUUGCAGUCCCCCCGCCACCAGUCACACCGCUGUAGAGAAUAGCCCGCACACCCCGCACACUCAUACCUCCUGUACACAAUGCAUUUGUAUAUCAAGA